AUGCUCAUAAAAGGUUCCGCUUCCAGGUACUCGCAGGCUAACAACCUCGUCUCCUUCGCAUCGGGCACAGCCGUGACAUACCCUACUGGUCCUGGGGCCUAUGCCUCUGACCAUCCUGAGAUCGGAGAGCCCUUGCCUAUGAUUGACCAGACGUUUGCGAAUUUCUUCUUGGACUUACAAGACGACUCGGACUACACGAAGCUCCAUCGAGCUGUCAACAACGAACAAGCAGACGAGGUGAAAGCCUUGCUGAGCCGAGGUGCACCGAUUGAUGCUCAGGAUCGGAAGGGCAACUUGCCAGUGCAUUACACUGCUGAGCAUCAAAACGUGGAGAUUUUUAAAAUUCUACUCGGCUAUCGCGUGGAGAGAGUCGAGCCCAUGGUCAAGCAGGAUCUUGCUCGACUCACCCUUGACCAUCGAAAUGCGGACGGAAAUACCCCACUGCAUCUGGCCAUUUCAGCAAGAAGUUUAAACCAGGAUCAUCAAAGGAGCUUUGUGACCCAACUUCUGGGGGCCGGGGCCAAUCCUCAUAUCCCCAAUAACCUUGGCGUGACUCCGAUACACAUGGCUGUGGAACUCGUCUCACCGACCAUGAGCUGGAAUCAUGGACGUCACGUUGUCAAGAUGCUGACGGCCAAGGCUGCCGAUCUCACAACCGAGAAGAAAACAUCCCUGUUCAAGCUCUUCCUCGCAAAUUCAUACAAUGCUUGGGCUGACGUUAACAGUCACCUCAACGCAUUGUUCAGGACCUUUUUAGGCAAUGGUGCUGACCCGGAUGUGACGAUAGGACCGAACUCUCAGCGUCUAUUGACAUACUUCCUGCACUACUGCUAUAAGACUCGCUCUGCCUCCCGGAAAUGUGACACCCGGCUUGCCACGUUGAUAUGUAAGAAAUUAGAUGUCGCGAGAGUCAACAGCAUAGGCGAGACAUGUGUCCAUCAGCUCAUUAGGUUCCUGGGUGCUUGGUACUAUGAUCCUUCAGUAUACGAAUUACUCCAGAUCGUGGUGGAAAGGGGAGCGGAUGUCAACCAUCUCAACAUGGCCCGGCAGUCACCUCUGAUGCUGCUCUUGGAGAGAAGGCAACUUGUGGACGACGUCUACACGGUGUUGGCAUUCCUUCUCAGUCGCGGAGCAAAUCCACUGAUCCCCGAUGCGGCUGGGAACUUUCCGAUAUAUGUGGCUGUUCGAAACAAUCCCUGGCUGGGAUCCAAGCUUGCGAAAAUGAUCCUCCACGUGGACAAUGGAUUAGACACAAUCGUCCCCUGGCAGUUUACCUGGUGGCAAUCGUGGAUGCACGCUAUCGCCUCAGAAGAUUGGGGCACGUCGGUAACGAUGCUUCAACAGGCUCGCCACUCACCACCACCGGACAUUCAGGCCCUACUAUACUGUCUGGCGUUGGCCGUUCUCGCCGAAAAACAUCUGCGUCGAGCAAAAGACUGGUAUCAGAACAGUGAGAAAAGUCCUGAGCAACAGAACCAACACCGGACGACUGUGCGAAAUAUACUCCUGAAGAGCCGGGGGCUGGAUAUUGAUCCGGACUGGUUCCUAUACCUGCUGAAAUUAUAG